UUAGACCUGAUAGCCGGGCUUGGCGAGUGACAAAAUCUUCCUUCCUCAGGGUAGACACCACGGCUGUGAAAUUGGUUCCGAACCCAACGGAACCCAGCGCCGGGCGACGCCGGGUCACGUGGCCAAGCAGUCCCAUGACGUUCGGGCUGCGGGGCGUCACCGUGACGUUCUGGAGGUCUCCCGUGCGGCCUUACUACCUUCGCUACCUGUGCAGCGACGGCCCCGUCAUGGACCUGGGACCGAUGCGCAAGAGUUACCGUGGGGACCGAGAGGCAUUUGAGGAGGCUCAGCUGGUCUCCCUGGACCCCAUGAAGCAAUUUGCUGCGUGGUUCGAGGAGGCCGUUCAGUGCCCUGACAUAGGGGAAGCGAACGCCAUGUGCUUGGCUACCUGCACCAGAGACGGGAGGCCCUCUGCCCGCAUGCUGCUGUUGAAGGGCUUUGGCAAGGACGGCUUCCGCUUCUUCACUAACUUCGACAGCCGAAAGGGAAAAGAGCUGGAUUCCAAUCCCUUUGCUUCCCUGGUCUUCUACUGGGAGCCUCUAAACCGGCAGGUGCGUGUGGAGGGCUCUGUGAAGAAGCUGCCCGAAGAGGAAGCCAAGGACUACUUCCACUCCCGCCCGAAGAGCAGCCAGAUCGGUGCUGUGGUCAGUCACCAGAGUUCCGUCAUCCCUGACCGGGAGUACCUGAGAAGGAAGAACGAGGAACUGGAGCAACUCUACCAGGGCCAAGAGGUGCCAAAGCCAAGCUACUGGGGUGGCUACAUCCUGUACCCACAGGUGAUGGAGUUCUGGCAGGGUCAGACCAACCGUCUGCAUGAUCGCAUUGUCUUUCGGAGGGGCCUGCCCUCGGGGUCCGCCCCCGAGGGGCCCAUGACCCACCGAGGAGAGGAGGACUGGCUUUAUGAGCGACUUGCACCCUGAGCCUGAGCAGAGCAGCUGCAGACCAGAGUUGGGGCAGGGCACUCGGGGAGCACGUGGGAGGCCCUUCCAACCUGCACCCGCCCCCUCCAGCCUGUGACAGAGUGGACUCCCCUCCCCCCAGCGGAGCCUGAGCCCAUGUCCCCAUACCCCAUGUGGUGUCACACCGGGAAAACGUUCUCAGGAUGUGUUUUCUUUUCCCUUUUUUUUUUUUUUUUUUUUGGUUUCUAUGAUCAGGGGUUACUCCUGACUCUGCUCAGGAGUGACCCCCUAGCAGGGCUCGGGGGACAGUAUGCCAGCCAAGAUUGAACCAGGGUGAGGCAGCAUGGAAGCUUUUACUCUCCCUGGGGAACUCCCUAUCUCCCCGCCCAGCCCUCCCCCUCCAAUUAUGCUUGGGUUUGAGUUUUUUUUUUCCACCCACCCCCCACCCACCUUUGAUUCGGGGAAAUAGCACCCUCUAGAGGUGGCAGCUGGUGUGAUGGCUUCUGGUGACAAGGUGGGCCCUCAGCUCUGCCUGUUACCAGGUGACAUAUCACAUGGGACGUUAGUGCCAAAGCCGUAUGGUUCCAGCAUAAGCACCUGAGCCAGUCAAGCCCAUCAGUUUUUUCUUGUCAUCGGUUUGAAGUUUGAAAUAGGGAGACCUGGAACAGGAUGGUCACUGUCACCAUGGCCUGUGGCUAACUGUCCUUGCUCCCUGGAGAGCCUGGGUCCCUCCUUUUUAUACAUGGACUGUACAGACCAUCCUCCCAGCUCCAAACACUCAUCUCUAAAAUAAAACUGAUCUUGACCUCA